GCACUUGCGAUGUAGGCCCUGGAACCACUGAGCUAAAUCCCCGGCCCUGGAUACCUGUUUUUUAAAAGCCAGCUUUACCGAGCUGCAACUUGCCUGUUGUAUAAAUAACCCAAUUAGAGUACGCAAUCCAGUGAUUUUUAGCACAGUCCCAGAGCCAGGCGCCCAUCGGCACACCAUGUUUAAAACAUCUUCAAGCCUCUCAGAGAAACGCUGGUAUCCCGGAGCACCGCCUCCGACUUCCUGCACCUCCCCAGCUGAGCGUCACCACUUAUUUUUGCAGCUGCCUCUUCCUGGAUAUUUCGUAAUAGCUGGAAUCACACCGGGUGUGGCGUUCUGUGAUGUUUUCCGCUCAUUUGUGCUGUGCGUGGUAUCAGCUUCCUCCCCGCGAGGGCUGAGUAACGUUGGCGGGCACACACACAGCUCGCUCUCUGUCUCCGUUCAUCCACGGGCGGCCGUGGGUUGCCCUCACUUCCGGUGAUUGCACACAGCUCACAUUUGCGUAUGUUUUCGCUCUUCCUGACUCCACCCGAGGGCGGGAUUGUGGGAUGUUUGCGCUGUGUUUGUCAUUUUGAGGAACGGGUGACUACUUUCCGUCGUGCCACCGGGGGUGUGUGGAAUUCUUCUUAUUUGAAUUGCUGGUAGCAUCUCUCGCACCAUGUUAAACAGAAGUGCUGGCAGUGGCCUUGUUGGUUCCUCGUUCAGGGAGAAAGUCACCUAGGAAGAUCACACUCAGCCCCAGGCAGAGAUCCCCGGCUGGGUCAGGAGCCAGCGCCCCCUGUGAUGUGUGGGAGAGGUGAGGUCCCUUCAACUCUCAUAUUUUCCCUUCAGUUAGGAAACUGAUUAAUUCCAGUGACACGAAAUGCCCCACUUUAAAGUGUGCCUACCAGGAGCAUCUGCACACACACGACGACGACUCUGUCCUCCCUGCCUAGUGCCGCCACCUUCAUCCCCACAAGGCAAACACACUCAGGGUCCUCUCCCUGCCCUCCCCCCGGCCUGGCAGCCACAGAUCUGAUUUCUGACUCGGGUUUUACCCGCUUCAUGUAGAUGGAAUCAUAAGCUAAUGCAUCUUUUAAAAGCAUUGUCAUAAAAGAUGUCUUUCAUGUAGUAAAUAAUUAGUUUUCCCAAUUUUAUUCAAAGAUGCAUGUAACUGCUGCUGCUAGAAUCUUGCUAUUGUCCUUACAACCUGGGCAGAAAUAUGUACCACCUUCCUGUGUCUUUUUAAGCUCUCCGUAGUGACUCCAGCACCUCCUGCUGGAAGCCCGGGGAGCAGGACCCCCACAUUCUAGCUGUGCUUGUAAAUCUCCUGGAAUCAUCAGAGUUUUCCAGCGGGGCCUGAGACUCUGUCCCCAGCAAGCUCCCAGGUGAACUGGUCCCAGGAGCUCAGGCUGUAGGGGACUCUGAGGUCUGAGACCUUCACUAAAAUUUGGCCAGCCAAGCAACCCUUGAGGGUGGAACCACAUCAUUUGGGAUGCUGAAAAAUCAGGACCCAAACCUGACUCCUCCAGUUACCAGCGGGGAGGCGCUGGGAAAGGUCUUUGCCCUCUCUGAGCAUCUGAAGGAAUUAGUCCGCUUCCCCCCAGUCCACGGAAAACAGCCAGCCUGGACUCCUCUCCUGCAGCUCAUAGCUCCUACUUAGUUUGGAGCUGGCCACAACUUCAGGGGACCCAUCAGUCAGCCUUUGCCUGGGACUUCUCAGGUUACAAGGACAAAUCCCAAGUCCUGAGACCACCUCAGCCCUGGCAGAUGAGACCGCCCUGAAUUGGUCUCCUUUGUCUCUAGCCAAGAAAGAUGCUGAAGACAAUGGAGAUGCCUUUAGGAAGAGGAAGGAGGCCAGCCACACAGGAGCGAUGCUUGGUGAUGAAUUCCUGACUCUGAUCAUGGCAGUGGAGUGGCCAGGAGGUUAGAAGUCAGGGCAGCGUCCUCGGUCCCUACCAGUUUCCUGUCUGCUGUGGAUACUCUCUCCUGCCCGGGAGCCCGGGCUGUGCAGACGUCGGCCCUCUCACAGUGGAAUGGUUGCCCUGGGAUGGCAUUAGACAGGCAGGCCUGGGUCAAAGCAUAGGCAGGAAAUUUCAUUUCCAAGCCUUAUUCCUGUUCAUCUUUCCUGACUCGUGACAUUCAAGGCACGUUGAAUUUUGUAAGCAAAGUGGAAGCCGCCCCUGGCCACACGGUCACUCUCUCCCUUCCCUUCAAGGUAGGGUUAAUCUUGAACUCGCUCUGAAACAGGACCGGAGGUCAACAGCCAGGCAGGGGCAGGAGGCCGUGGCUGUGGGAACGGGCAAGGGCCGGGGUCCAGCCGCUCCCUGCCACCGUUUCGAUCCGUUUUGAUCCUGUAUCACGCGAUUGUCACGUGGGAGAAGCCUCUUUCUAGUGUGAGCGAUUAUAGUCUAAGUCAUCGAAGGGGAGAGAGUUCUGUGACACAGUUUAGGUCUUUUAAAAAAUACUUCAAAGAAAAGGCAUCUUUGUCCUUUUAGGAAAUAAUUUGAUCUUUCUAGGUCGCUGGCAGGAGCUGAGCUGUACUGCGAGAAGCCGGAAGGGACCCAGCGUCCCCAGAGAAUACAGAUUGCAGGCACCGCAACAAACCAAGCACGAAUUGCCUGUGUGACUGAGGCGCAGGAAGGCGUAACCUGGGUCGUGCAUCGCCUGAGGGGCCGUGCCCUGGCCUGGAGACCUCAGUGUCGGCUCAGGGACAGAAAGCAAAGGAACCCUGCCCGCCUGUCCCGCCCCCAGCACAUGUGGUGACUGUCAGCAGCAUGGAAAUCCAGGCUGUCCCACACAGGACUCCAAAACUGCUCAAUGUGGGCACCUUGGCCACGACUUGAUGGUGUCCAUGAUGGACGGGUCACGCCCAAUUGCACGGCCUGUUUGCUGUGCCCUAAACUUCUACCUCAUAUGAACAGAAAAUGGACCACGACAACAACGAGGUCGGAGGCAUAGUAAGUGUUAAGAUGACAAUUACACCAGAUGUCAGACUCGAGUACGUGGAGCAAGUGGCUUCCAUCAUCCUCAAAUUCAAGCCAGACAAGUGGAGCAAGCUGAUUGGAGCCGAGGAGAACAUAGCCACGUUCACAGAGUUCUUCGAGAAGCCGGAUGUCUCUGUGCUGGUGUUGACACUCAAUGCCGCUGGCAUGAUCAUCCUCUGCCUGGGCUUCCCAGAGUCCCUGAAGUCCAAAGGCGUUUACUUUAUCAAGACAAAGCCAGAGAGCAUCAACAAGGACAACUACAGGACCCGCCUGCUCUAUGGGGACAUCAGCCCUGCACCCGUGGACCAACUGAUCACAGUCGUGGAAGAGGUGCUCCAUUCUCUGCUGAACCAGAGUGAGAACACCUUCGGCUGGCCCCAGGUAGUGUCGGAGGACAUCGUAAAGCAGGUGCACAAGCUGAAGAACGAGAUGUUUGUGAUGGGGGGCAAGAUCAAAGGGAAGACGCUGCUGCCCAUCCCGGAGCACCUGGGGAGGCUGGGCAGCAUGCCGGACUCCAUGGAGAGGAUCCCCUCAGCUCUGAACAGCUCGCUCCUGCACGCCAUCGAGACCAUCAUCAUCGACUGGUCCCACCAGAUCCGGGACGUGCUGAGCAAAGACUCCGCUCAGGCCCUGCUGGACGGGCUGCACCCUCUGCCCCGGGUGGAAUUCGAGUUCUGGGGCACCCGGCUGAUGAACCUCGAGUGCAUCCAUGAGCAGCUGAACAGACCCAAAGUCAACAGGAUCGUUGAGAUCCUGGAGAAAGCCAAGAGCUGCUACUGGCCCGCCCUGCAGAAUGUGUACGUGAAUGUCACCGAAGGGCUGAAAGAAGCCAACGACAUUGUUCUCUACCUGAAGCCCCUGCAGAUCCUAUUGGAGGAGAUGGAGCAGGCUGACUUCACAUUGCUCCCAUCCUUCAUCGCCAAGGUGCUGGACACCAUCUGCUUCAUCUGGGCCACCUCCGAGCACUACAACACACCCUCCAGGGUCAUCGUCAUCCUGCAGGAGUUCUGCAACCAGAUCAUUGACAUGACUCGAUCCUUCCUGAGCCCCGAUGAGGUGCUGAAAGGCUUGCAAGGUGAGAUCGAAGAGGUCCUGGACGGCAUCUCCCUGUCUGUGAACGUCCUGAGGGAGCUCUUCCGCACCUAUGACUUUUGCUGUGCCAACAUGAAGCUUUUCUUCAAGGACAAGGAGUCCGUGCCGUGGGAAUUCCCUUCCUCCCUCGCGUUCUCCAGAAUGAACGCCUUCUUCCACCGCAUCCAGACCAUCGAGGAUCUUUAUAAAACUGCUAUUGAGUUCCUGAAGCUAGAGAAAAUCGAGCUGGGAGGAGUGCGGGGGAACAUCCUUGGGAACCUGGUGACUCAGAUCUACGACGAAGUCUUUGAGCUGGUGAAGGUUUUUACUGACUGCAGAUACGAUCCCCUGGACCCAGGGGACUCGAGUUUUGACAACGAUUACGCCGAUUUCGAGACCAAGAUCGAAGACCUGGACAGGAGGCUGGCUACGAUCUUCAGCCAAGCCUUCGGUGACUGCAGUUCCAUCGAGUCUUCUGCUAAGCUCCUGUACAUGUGCGGGGGCCUCCUGGAGCGGCCCCUGAUUCUGGCCGAGGUGGUACCGAGGUACACGGUCAUGCUGGAGAUGUUUGAUGCCGAGCUGGACGAGGCCAAGUUCAUGUACGAUGCCCAGAUGGCGGCCUGCGCGGAAGGCACCAUCCCGCCCAUCCACAAGAACAUGCCCCCCGUGGCCGGGCAGCUCAAGUGGAGCCUGGAGCUGCAGGAGAGGCUGGAGGUGUCCAUGCGGCACAUAAAGCACAUCGAGCACCCGGUCGUGUCGGGCCCCGAGGCCAAGAUGAUCUACCGGAAGUACGAAGAGAUGAUGGAGCUCCUGCGUGGCUACCGCGAGAAGACCUACCGGCAGUGGGCCGGGGGCGUGGACCAGGACUGCCACUUCAACCUGGGCCAGCCGCUCAUCCUCCGCAGCGCAGCCAGCGGCCUCAUCCAAGUCAACUUCAGCAAGGAGCUGGUGGCGGUGCUGAGAGAGGUCAAGUACUUGAAUUUCCAGCAGCAAAAAGAGAUUCCCAGUAGCGCAGAGAGCCUGUUCUCAGAGAACGAAACCUUCCGGAAGUUUGUGGGCAACCUGGAGCUCAUUGUUGGCUGGUACAAUGAGAUAAAGAUGACUGUGAUGGAUGUGGAAUUUCCACUAAUCAAAUUAGAAUUGGAAGCAAUUGAUGUCAAGUUACUGAGUGCUGAGAAGACACUGUUCUGGAACGGCGGCGAAGGUGUGUUUCAGUACAUUCAAGAGAUGCGAGAAAUUCUGUAUAACUUGCAGAACAGAAUGCAAAAAGUGAAACAGAAUAUAGAAGAAAUUACCCAGGUCAUGGAGGAUUGGUCAGCCAACCCUCUGUUUGAAAGAAAAGACAACAAGAAAGAGGCCCUGUUAGACCUGGAUGGAAGGGUGGUUCAUCUGAACAAGCGCUACACAGCCGUCAAGGAGGCGGGCGUGAGGAUCCAAGCCAUGGUGGCGGAAAACGCAGAACUGUUCAGAGCAGACACGGCCAGCCUGCCCUGGAAGGAUUAUGUCAACUGCCUUGACGAGAUGGUGCUGGAGGCGUUGGACCGAUUCAUUCGCAAAUCUCUCAACUACCUCAUCAGCAACAUGACUGUGGAUGAGAGCGUCGCACCCCUGUUUGAGAUCCGCAUGGAGCUGAGUGAGGAAGGCCUGACCUUCAAUCCGUCGCUGGAGGUGGGCUCGGAUUUCGGCUUCCUGGCACUGAUCGACAGCCUGAUCACAGACAUCUACAAUGUCGCCAGGCUAAUCCCCCGGCUGGCCAAGGGCAGGAUGAACUACAAGACAGACCUGGAAGACACCACAGAUCUCAUAGAGAUGAGGGAGGAGCUGUGCACCCUGGUCAUCAACGCCAUGAAGGAGGCCGAGGAGUACCAGGACACGCUGGAGAAGUACUCCUACCUCUGGAUGGACGACCUUCAGGAGUUCAUGAAGAAUUUCCUGAUCUUCGGACACACGCCCACCCCAGAGGAACUGGACACCCUGACCCAGGAUGCCGUCCCCAAGAGCCCACCCGGCCUCGCUCAGUUCCAGCAGCAGAUCGACUCCUACGAGAAGCUGUACGAGGAGGUGUCCCGGUGCGAGAACACGCGUGUCUUCCACAGCUGGCUGCAGUGUGACUGCCGCCCCUUCAAGCAGGCCCUGCUGAACACCAUCAAGCGCUGGAGCUUCAUGUUCAAGCGGUACCUGAGUGACCACGUGGUCGACAGCCUCGCAGACCUAGAAGCCUUCAUGAAAGUGGCCCGGGUGGGCCUGACAAAGCCACUCAAGGAGGGGGACUACGAUGGCCUGGUGGCGGUGAUGGGUCACCUGAUGAAGGUCAGGGAGCGGCAGGCGGCCACCGAUGGCAUGUUCGAGCCCCUGACGCGAACCGUCGAGCUGCUCAAGUCCUAUGGGGAAGACCUGCCAGAGGAGACCUACCUGAAGCUGCAGGAGCUGCCCGAGCAGUGGACAAACACCAAGAAACUGGCCUUCCAGGUGAAGCAGAACGUGGCUCCGCUCCAGGCCAACGAGGUCAACAUCCUGCGGCGGAAAUGCCAGCACUUCGAGGUCCCUGGCCUGGGCAGGGCAGCGGCGGGAGGCAGCCUGCGCCUCCGUCCCCAGCAACAGAGAAGCAUCAAAGCCAUGGAGACGGCCAUGGAGGCCUUGUGCAAGUCCGGCAGCCUGUUUGAGGUCACGGUGCCCGACUACAAGCAGCUCAAGGCCUGCCGCAGGGAGGUCUGCCUGCUCAAAGAGCUCUGGGACAUGAUCGUCAUGGUGAACAGCAGCAUCGACGACUGGAAGACCACCAAGUGGAGGGACAUCAACGUGGAGCAGAUGGACAUCAACUGUAAGAAGUUCGCCAAGGACGUGAGGUCCCUGGACAAGGAGAUGAAGGCCUGGGACGCCUUCGUGGGGCUGGACAACACGGGGAAGAACAUGAUCACCUCCCUGCGUGCCGUGAGCGAGCUGCAGAACCCUGCCAUCCGCGAGCGCCACUGGCAGCAGCUCAUGCAGGCCACCCAGGUGAAGUUCAGAAUGUCCGAAGAGACCACCCUGGCGGAUCUGCUGCAGCUGAAUCUCCACAAGUAUGAAGACGAGGUCCGCAACAUUGUAGACAAGGCUGUGAAGGAGUCCGGGAUGGAGAAGGUCCUGAAAGCCCUGGACAGCACCUGGACCACCAUGGAGUUCGAGCACGAGCCCCACCCGCGCACUGGCACUAUGAUGCUGAAGGCGGACGAGGUGCUGGUGGAGACCCUGGAGGACAACCAGGUGCAGCUGCAGAACCUGAUGAUGUCCAAGUACCUGUCCCACUUCCUCAAGGAGGUGACCGGCUGGCAGCAGAAGCUGUCCACGGCAGACUCGGUCAUCGCCAUGUGGUUCGAGGUCCAGAGAACCUGGAGCCACCUGGAGAGCAUCUUCAUCGGCUCCGAGGACAUCCGAGCCCAGCUGCCCAAAGACUCCCAGCGCUUCGAUGCCAUCGACCUGGAAUUCAAGGCCUUGAUGGAAGACGCAGUGAAAACUCCCAAUGUGGUGGAAGCCACCAACAAACCGGGUCUCUAUCAUAAACUGGAGGCCCUGAAGAAAAGCUUGGCUAUGUGUGAAAAGGCCUUGGCCGAGUACCUGGAGACCAAGAGGCUGGCCUUCCCAAGGUUCUACUUCGUCUCCUCGGCUGACCUGCUGGACAUCCUCUCCAACGGAAAUGACCCUGUGGAGGUGAGCCGCCACCUGUCCAAGCUCUUCGACAGCCUGUGCAAGCUAAAGUUCCAGCUCGACGCCAGCGGGAAGCCGCUCAAGUUUGGACUGGGGAUGUACAGCAAGGAGGACGAGUACGUGGAGUUUGACCGAGAAUGUGACCUCUCGGGACAGGUGGAGGUCUGGCUGAACCGCGUGCUGGACCGAAUGUGCGCCACGCUGCGCCAUGAGAUCCCGGAGGCCGUGGUCACCUACGAGGAGAAGCCGAGGGAGCAGUGGAUCUUUGAUUACCCGGCCCAGAUUGCACUGACCUGCACCCAGAUCUGGUGGACCACCGAGGUGGGGCUGGCCUUCUCCAGGCUGGAGGAGGGUUACGAGAACGCCAUCAAAGACUACAACAAAAAGCAGAUCAGCCAGCUGAACGCGCUCAUCACGCUGCUCAUCGGGAGCCUCAGCGCCAGCGACAGGAUGAAGAUCAUGACCAUCUGCACCAUCGACGUGCACGCGCGGGACGUGGUGGCCAAGAUGAUCACCGCCAAGGCACGCGCGCGGGUGCGGCAGGCAAUGGAAAAGGAAGGGAGAGGUCAUGGGACCACAGUGACCUGGGUCCUUGGCAGGUGCUAUAUCACGCUGACCCAGUCCCUCCAUCUGAUCAUGGGUGGAGCCCCCGCGGGCCCCGCCGGCACCGGCAAGACCGAGACAACCAAGGACCUGGGCCGAGCUCUGGGCACGAUGGUGUAUGUCUUCAACUGCUCCGAGCAGAUGGACUACAAGUCCUGCGGGAACAUCUACAAGGGCCUGGCGCAGACCGGGGCCUGGGGCUGCUUUGAUGAGUUCAACCGGAUCUCGGUGGAGGUGCUGUCUGUGAUCGCGGUGCAGGUGAAGUGCAUCCAGGAUGCCAUUCGGGCCAAGAAGAAGCUGUUUAACUUCCUGGGGGAGCGGAUCAGCCUCAUCCCCACCGUGGGGAUCUUCAUCACCAUGAACCCGGGCUACGCGGGGCGCACGGAGCUGCCCGAGAACCUCAAGGCCCUGUUCAGGCCCUGUGCCAUGGUGGUCCCCGACUUCGAGCUGAUCUGUGAGAUCAUGCUGGUGGCCGAGGGCUUCCUAGAAGCCCGCCUGCUGGCCAGGAAGUUCAUCACGCUCUACACCCUGUGCAAAGAGCUGCUCUCCAAGCAGGAUCACUACGACUGGGGCCUGCGGGCCAUCAAGUCUGUGCUGGUGGUGGCCGGCUCCCUGAAGAGGGGGGACCCCACCAGGGCCGAAGACCAGGUGCUCAUGAGGGCGCUGAGGGACUUCAACAUCCCCAAGAUCGUGACCGACGACCUGCCCGUGUUCAUGGGCCUGAUCGGGGACCUGUUCCCGGCUCUGGAUGUGCCUCGGAAGCGAGACCUGAAUUUUGAGAAGAUCAUCAAGCAGAGCAUCGUGGAGCUCAGGCUGCAGGCGGAAGACAGCUUCGUGCUGAAGGUCGUGCAGCUGGAGGAGCUCCUGCAGGUCCGGCACUCCGUGUUUGUCAUUGGGAACGCGGGCAGCGGCAAGUCCCAGGUCCUCAAGUCCCUCAACAAGACCUACCAGAACCUGAAGAGGAAGCCGGUGGCCGUGGACCUGGACCCCAAGGCCGUCACCUGCGACGAGCUCUUCGGGAUCAUCAACCCCGCGACCAGGGAAUGGAAAGACGGCCUCUUCUCCACCAUCAUGCGGGACCUGGCCAACAUCACGCACGACGGCCCCAAGUGGAUCGUGCUGGACGGGGACAUCGACCCCAUGUGGAUCGAGUCCCUCAACACCGUCAUGGAUGACAACAAGGUCCUCACUCUGGCCAGCAACGAGCGCAUCCCCCUAAACCGCACCAUGAGGCUAGUGUUUGAGAUCAGCCACCUGAGGACAGCCACGCCGGCCACCGUCUCCAGAGCCGGCAUCCUCUACAUCAACCCGGCGGAUCUAGGCUGGAACCCGGUAGUGAGCAGUUGGAUCGAGAGGCGCAAGGUGCAGUCCGAGAAGGCCAACCUGACCAUCCUGUUCGAUAAAUACCUGCCCACCUGCUUGGACAAGCUGCGCUUUGGCUUCAAGAGGAUUACGCCGGUGCCCGAGGUCACGGUCAUCCAGAUGAUCCUGUACCUGCUGGAGUGCCUGCUCACCGAGAAGAACACGCCGCCCGACUCCCCCAAGGAGCUCUACGAGCUCUACUUUGUGUUCGCAUGCCUCUGGGCUUUUGGUGGUGCCAUGUUCCAGGACCAGCUUGUAGACUAUCGAGUUGAGUUCAGCAAAUGGUGGAUCAAUGAGUUUAAAACCAUCAAGUUCCCCUCCCAGGGAACAGUUUUUGACUACUACAUCGAUCCUGACUCUAAGAAGUUCCUGCCAUGGACGGAUAAAGUGCCCCACUUUGAGCUGGAUCUUGAUGUCCCCCUACAGGCCUCUCUGGUCCACACCACAGAGACCACACGCAUCCGCUACUUCAUGGACCUCCUCGUGGGGAAGUCGUGGCCAGUGAUGCUGGUGGGGAACACGGGCUCCGGCAAGUCCGUGCUGAUGGGGGAGAAGCUGGAGAGCCUGGGCACGGACGACUACCUGGUGCAGGCCGUGCCGUUCAACUUCUACACCACCUCUGCCAUGCUGCAGGGAGUGCUCGAGAAGCCCCUGGAGAAGAAAUCUGGGAGGAACUACGGGCCCCCGGGCAACAAGAAGCUGAUCUACUUCAUCGACGACAUGAACAUGCCCGAGGUGGACAAGUACGGGACAGUGGCCCCGCACACCCUCAUCCGGCAGCACAUGGACCACGGGCACUGGUACGACCGGCAGAAACUGACUCUGAAGGACAUUCACAACUGUCAGUACGUGGCCUGCAUGAAUCCCACCGCAGGCUCCUUCACCAUCGACCCCAGACUGCAGCGUCACUUCUGCGUGUUGGCCGUGAGCUUCCCCGGCCAGGAGGCCCUCGUGACCAUCUACAGCACCAUCCUGUCGCAGCACCUGGCCUACCGCUCGGCCCCCACGGUCAUCCAGAAGCUGAGCAGCCAGCUGGUGGCCUCCGCCCUGGCCUUGCAUCAGCAAGUCGCAGCGACGUUUCUUCCCACCGCCAUUAAGUUUCAUUACGUCUUCAACCUCAGGGACCUCGCCAAUAUUUUUCAGGGGCUCUUGUUCUCCACCACAGAGCUGCUGAAAACCCCACUGGACAUCGUGCGCCUCUGGCUGCACGAAGCCGAACGUGUGUACAGUGACAAGAUGGUGGACGAGAGGGACCAGGACGCCUUGCGCAGGGUCACCAUUGCCUCCACCAAGAAGUUCUUUGAUGACCUUGGUGAAGAGCUCUUGUUCGACAGACCAAAUAUCUUCUGCCACUUUGCUCAGGGGAUUGGAGAUCCCAAAUACUUCUCGGUCACCGACGUGGCUCAUCUGAAUAAGCUGCUGGUGGAUGCCCUGGACAGUUACAACGAAGUGAAUGCGGUCAUGAACUUGGUGCUGUUUGAAGACGCGGUGGCCCACGUCUGCAGGAUCAACCGCAUCCUGGAGUCUCCCCGCGGGAACGCCUUGCUGGUGGGGGUGGGCGGCAGCGGAAAGCAGAGCCUCUCGCGCCUGGCCGCGUACAUCAGCGCCCUGGACGUGUUCCAGAUCACCCUCAAGAAGGGCUACGGGAUCCCGGACCUCAAGAUGGACUUGGCCGCCCAGUACAUCAAGGCCGCUGUGAAGAACGUGCCCUCGGUGUUCCUGAUGACCGACUCCCAGGUGGCCGAGGAGCAGUUUCUGGUGCUGAUCAAUGACCUGCUGGCCUCGGGGGAGAUCCCGGGGCUGUUCACAGACGACGAGGUGGAGAACAUCAUAGCCUCCAUGCGGCCGCAGGUGAAGUCACUCGGCAUAGCCGACACGCGGGAGGCCUGCUGGAAGUUCUUCAUCGAGAAAGUGCGCAGGCAGCUCAAGGUGAUCCUGUGCUUCUCCCCUGUGGGCUCCGUCCUGCGGGUGCGAGCCAGAAAAUUCCCCGCCGUGGUCAACUGCACUGCCAUCGACUGGUUCCAUGAGUGGCCAGAAGCAGCACUGGUGUCGGUCAGCGCUCGCUUCCUGGAGGAAACCGAGGGCAUUCAGCCGGAAGUGAAGUCUUCCGUCAGCUCCUUCAUGGCUUACGUGCACACCACUGUCAACGAGAUGUCCAAGACGUACCUGGCCACCGAGCGCCGCUACAACUACACCACGCCCAAAACCUUCCUGGAGCAGAUCAAACUCUACCAGAGCCUGCUGGGCAAGAAGCGGAUGGAGCUGGUGGCCAAAAUCGAGCGGCUGGAGAAUGGGCUGAUGAAGCUGCAGAGCACAGCUUCUCAGGUGGACGACCUGAAGGCCAAGUUGGCGGUUCAGGAGCUGGAGCUCAAGCAGAAGAAUGAAAACGCAGACAAGCUGAUCCAGGUGGUCGGUGUGGAAACAGAGAAAGUCAGCAAAGAGAAAGCCAUUGCUGAUGAGGAGGAAAUCAAGGUAGAAGUCAUCAACAAGAAUGUCACCGAGAAACAACAGGCUUGCGAGACGGACUUGGCCAAGGCGGAGCCAGCCCUGCUGGCCGCACAGGAGGCCCUGGACACACUGAAUAAGAACAACCUGACGGAGCUGAAGUCCUUCGGGUCCCCCCCAGACGCUGUGGUCAAUGUCACAGCCGCCGUCAUGACCUUGACUGCCCCCGGGGGCAAGAUCCCCAAGGACAAGAGCUGGAAGGCCGCGAAGAUCAUGAUGGGCAAAGUGGACACCUUCCUGGACUCUCUGAAGAAGUUUGACAAGGAGCACAUCCCCGAGGCCUGCCUGAAAGCGUUCAAGCCCUACCAAGGCAACCCCACGUUUGACCCCGAGUUCAUCCGCUCCAAGUCCAUGGCCGCCGCGGGCCUGUGCUCCUGGUGCAUCAACAUCGUCCGCUUCUACGAAGUCUACUGCGAUGUGGCCCCCAAGAGGCAGGCCCUGGAGGAGGCCAAUGCCGAGCUGGCAGAAGCGCAGGAGAAGCUGUCCCGCAUCAAGAGCAAGAUUGCCGAACUCAAUGCCAACCUGAGCAACUUAACAUUGGCGUUUGAAAAAGCAACGGCUGAGAAGAUCAAGUGUCAGCAGGAGGCUGAUGCCACCAGCAGAGUGAUUUCCCUGGCCAACAGGCUGGUGGGAGGACUCGCUUCAGAAAACGUCCGCUGGGCCGAGUCGGUGGGGAACUUCAAAAGCCAGGGGGUCACCCUGUGUGGGGACGUCCUGCUGGUCUCCGCCUUUGUCUCCUACGUGGGGUACUUCACCAAGAAAUACCGGAAUGAACUGAUGGAUAAAUUUUGGGUCCCUUAUAUAAACAGCUUAAAGGUCCGCAUCCCCAUCACAGCAGGCCUGGAUCCCCUGAGCCUGCUGACGGACGAUGCGGACGUGGCCACCUGGAACAACCAGGGCCUCCCCAGCGACCGCAUGUCCACCGAGAACGCCACCAUCCUGUGCAACACGGAGCGCUGGCCCCUUAUCGUGGAUGCCCAGCUGCAAGGGAUCAAGUGGAUCAAAAACAAAUACGGGAGCCAACUGAAAGCCGUCCGCCUGGGACAGAAGAGCUACCUGGACAUCAUCGAGCAGGCCAUCUCCUCAGGGGACAUUUUGCUCAUCGAGAAUAUUGGGGAAAGCGUGGACCCCGUGCUGGACCCAUUACUGGGAAGGAACACAAUUAAAAAGGGAAAGUACAUUAAGAUCGGUGGCAAGGAGGUGGAGUACCACCCCAAUUUCCGCCUGAUCCUGCAUACCAAGUACUUCAACCCGCACUACAAGCCCGAGAUGCAAGCCCAGUGCACCCUCAUCAACUUCCUGGUCACCAGAGAUGGGCUCGAGGACCAGCUCCUGGCCGCUGUGGUGGCCAAAGAGCGCCCGGAUCUGGAGCAACUGAAGGCAAAACUCACCAAAUCUCAGAAUGAGUUCAAGAUUGUUCUGAAGGAGCUGGAAGACUCUCUCCUGGCCCAUCUGUCGGCUGCGUCAGGGAACUUCCUAGGAGACACUGCCUUAGUGGAGAACCUGGAGACCACCAAACACACGGCCAGUGAGAUCGAGGAGAAGGUGCAAGAGGCAAAAAUCACAGAAAUGAAGAUCAACGAGGCGAGGGAGAACUACCGCCCUGCCGCGGAGCGGGCGUCCCUGUUAUACUUCAUCCUGAACGACCUCAACAAAAUCAACCCCAUUUACCAGUUCUCGCUCAAGGCCUUCAACGUGGUGUUCGAGAAAGCCAUCCAGAAGACCGCCCCCGCGGACGAGGUCAGGCAGCGUGUGAUCAACCUGACCGAUGAGAUCACCUACUCCGUCUUCAUGUACACGGCCCGGGGGCUCUUCGAGCGGGACAAACUCAUCUUUCUGGCCCAAGUCACAUUCCAGGUUUUGUCCAUGAAGAAAGAGCUGAACCCAGUGGAGCUGGACUUCCUCCUGCGCUUCCCCUUCAAGGCUGGGGUGGUCUCACCGGUGGACUUCCUGCAGCACCAAGGCUGGGGUGGGAUCAAGGCGCUGGCGGAGAUGGACGAGUUCAAGAACCUGGACAGCGACAUCGAAGGGUCGGCCAAGCGGUGGAAGAAGCUGGUGGAGUCGGAGGCCCCGGAGAAGGAGGUCUUCCCGAAGGAGUGGAAAAACAAGACGGCCCUGCAGAAGCUCUGCAUGGUGCGGUGCAUGCGGCCCGACCGCAUGACCUACGCCGUCAAGAACUUUGUGGAGGAGAAAAUGGGCAGCAAGUUUGUGGAAGGCCGGAGCGUGGAGUUCUCCAAGUCCUACGAGGAGAGCAGUCCAUCCACGCCUAUCUGCUUCAUCCUUUCCCCAGGUGUGGACCCUCUGAAGGACGUGGAAGCCCUGGGGAAAAAACUGGGAUUUACCAUAGACAAUGGGAAACUCCACAAUGUGUCCCUGGGGCAGGGGCAGGAGGUGGUAGCCGAGAACGCUCUGGAUGUGGCUGCUGAGAACGGGCACUGGGUCAUUCUGCAGAACAUCCACCUGGUGGCCCGCUGGCUGAGCACGCUGGAUAAGAAGGUGGAGCGCUACAGCACAGGCAGCCACGACGACUACCGCGUGUUCAUCAGCGCCGAGCCCGCGCCCAGCCCCGAGUCCCACAUCAUCCCCCAGGGCAUCCUGGAAAACGCCAUCAAAAUCACCAACGAGCCGCCCACAGGCAUGCACGCCAACCUGCACAAGGCCCUGGACCUCUUCACCCAGGACACGCUGGAGAUGUGCUCUAAAGAGAUCGAGUUCAAGUGCAUCCUGUUUGCCCUGUGCUACUUUCACGCUGUGGUGGCUGAACGCCGCAAGUUUGGCGCCCAGGGCUGGAACCGCUCGUAUCCCUUCAAUAAUGGGGACCUCACCAUUUCCAUCAAUGUGCUCUACAAUUACCUGGAGGCCAAUGCCAAGGUGCCCUGGGACGAUCUCCGCUACCUUUUUGGGGAAAUCAUGUACGGCGGCCACAUCACAGAUGACUGGGACCGCCGGCUGUGCAGGACCUACCUGGCGGAGUACGUCCGGAUGGAGAUGCUGGAGGGAGAGGUGCUGCUGGCCCCCGGCUUCCAGAUUCCCCCCAACCUGGACUACAAGGGUUACCAUGAAUACAUAGAUGAGAAUCUGCCUGCUGAGAGUCCUUAUCUGUACGGCCUGCACCCCAAUGCAGAGAUCGGCUUUCUGACGGUCACUUCGGAGAAGCUGUUCCGCACUGUCCUAGAAAUGCAGCCCAAAGAGACGGACUCGGGAGCGGGCACAGGAGUGUCCCACGAGGAAAAGGUGAAGGCCGUGCUAGACGACAUCCUUGAGAAAAUUCCAGAGUCGUUCAAUAUGGCAGAGAUCAUGGCAAAGGCCGCUGAAAAGACCCCGUACGUGGUAGUCGCCUUUCAAGAAUGUGAAAGAAUGAACAUCCUGACCAAUGAGAUGCGCCGUUCGCUAAAGGAGCUGAACCUGGGGUUGAAGGGGGAGCUGACCAUCACCACCGACAUGGAAGACCUGUCCACGGCUCUGUUUUACGACACCGUGCCCGACACCUGGGUGGCCCGGGCCUACCCCUCCAUGAUGGGCCUGGCGGCCUGGUACGCUGACCUGCUACUCCGCAUCAGGGAGCUGGAGGCCUGGACCACCGACUUCGCCCUGCCCACCGUGGUGUGGCUGGCUGGAUUCUUCAACCCCCAGUCCUUCCUCACGGCCAUCAUGCAGUCCAUGGCAAGGAAGAAUGAGUGGCCCCUGGACAAGAUGUGUCUGUCUGUGGAAGUGACCAAAAAAAACCGGGAGGACAUGACAGCUCCCCCCCGAGAGGGCUCCUAUGUGCACGGGCUCUUCAUGGAGGGAGCUCGCUGGGACACACAGACUGGAGUCAUCGCCGAGGCGCGGCUGAAGGAGCUGACGCCAGCCAUGCCCGUCAUCUUCAUCAAGGCCGUUCCUGUGGACCGAAUGGAGACCAAGAACAUAUAUGAGUGCCCUGUGUACAAGACACGCAUCCGCGGCCCCACCUACGUCUGGACCUUCAACCUGAAGACCAAAGAGAAGGCGGCCAAGUGGAUCCUGGCAGCCGUGGCACUACUCUUGCAGGUGUAGCUGGUGCUGGUGCUGGCUCCCUAGCCACACCCUACACACGCCAAGAGCUGGGCCGAAACUCAGACUUUCUGGUCGGAAACUCAGCUUUGCAACUGUCACUUCUCGUACAGGAACUGAUGGGGUUUGUCUCUUACACAAUCCAGGUGCUUUAUAACCAAGUGCACCUGGACUAGCCAGAGGGCAGAGUCUGGUGGGGAAGAGGUGGUGCAGAUUAAAACAACUGCAGACA